AUGGCCAGCCUAGAAGACUCAGUCAUCUCUCUCGAGUACCGCGGCCGCGUCGCGCUGCUCACCAUCGACAACGACCGCAAGCUCAACGCCCUCGCGCAGAUGCAGUACUACGACCUCGCCCAGAAGCUGCGCGAGAUCGCCACACACGACGAGGUCUUCAUCACCGUUCUAACGGCCAAGGGGCGCUACUUUUCCGCCGGCGCUGACGUUACCAUCGCCCGCACCGCCCCUGACGGCCCGGACGCCCACAGGCACUGGCUCCAGUCCUUCGUGGCCUUCAACCUCAACAUCACGCAGGCCUUCUACUCGCACCCCAAAGUGCUCGUCGUCGGUCUCAACGGCCCCGUCGUCGGCCUCUCGGCCGCCCUCGUCGCCUUCGCCGACUUCGUCUACGCCACACCCGCCACCUUCCUCCUCACACCCUUCUCUUCCAUCGGCCUCGUGGCCGAGGGCGGCGCCUCGCGCGCCCUGGUCCAGCGCCUCGGCGUCGGCAAGGCCAACGAGGCGCUCAUCAUGAGCAAGCGCAUCACGGCCGAGGAGCUGCUGCACGUCGGCUUCGUGAACAAGGUCUUCGACACGGGCCGCGGCGAAGACGCGCGGUUCCGCGAGCUGGUCCUCCGCGAGGUCGACGAGCGGCUCGGGGACCACCUCAUCGGGGAGAGCCUCACGGGGAUCAAGGCCCUUAUCCGGAGGCCCGAGAUGGACGUCAUGGACAGGCAGAAUUCGCUCGAGGUGUUUGCCGGGCUAGAGAGGUUUCUAAAGGGCGUCCCGCAAGAGGAAUUCCGCAAGUUAGCCAGCGGCGAGAAGAGGCACAAAUUAUGA